AUAGCUUCUCUCACGUUCCCUCAAACAGCAGAGCACGGUCUUGUUUUUAGGCGCAGUGUUCCAUCUGUGGUGCCAAGCCAGGAAGAUGCCCAAUCCGGCGACUUGCCCCUUCCCAGGCUCCCGGCUGUGGCUGGUAUCCGUUGCUCUGAUGGUGCAGUCGGUGAUCUCCUCUUCUUCGACCUACCAGAGACCUGCACCCGGCGGCGGGGGGAAGAGAACGGGGUUCAUGGAGAGGACGCUCAUUUUGCUGGACGUCAACACCCGCAGUCCGGUUCAAGUUCUAAAUGACAACUUCCUCUCUUUACAGUUGGAUCCGUCGAUUAUAAAGGACGGAUGGCUGGACUUUCUGAGUUCCAAGCGUUUGGUAACCCUAGCCCGAGGUCUGUCCCCAGCCUAUCUGAGGUUCGGAGGAAAGAGAACCGACUUCCUCCACUUCCACAACCUGAAGAACCUUGCCAAGUUCAGAGGCCCCGGCCCAGAUUACUACCUAAAAAACUAUGAAGAUGACAUAGUGCGUAGUGACAUCGCCCUGGACAAGCAGAGGGGCUGUAAGCUGGCCAACCACCCUGACAUGAUGCUGGAGCUGCAAAGAGAGAAGGCAGCUCAGAUGCAGCUUGUCCUCCUCAAAGAACAGCUCUCCAACCUCUACAGCAACAUCACAAUAACAGCCAGGUCUUUAGACAAACUGUACAACUUUGCCGAGUGUGCUGGUCUGCAUCUGGUCCUUGGGCUCAACGCCCAGCAGAGAAACCCUGACUCCUCCUGGAACUCCUCCUCAGCACUCAGCCUCCUCAAAUACAGCGCCGGGAAGAAAUACAACAUCUCCUGGGAACUGGGCAACGAGCCUAAUGGCUACCGUAGUAUGAUGGGUCAGACAGUGAACAGUACCCAGCUAGCCCAGGACUACACCCUGCUGAGAACGUUACUGCAGUCUGUACGCUACUAUAGCCGAGCACACCUCUUGGGCCCGAACGCUGGACGACCACGCAAAAACGCCAUUCUGCUGCUCGAUGGGUUCAUGAAGAACGCUGGUUCUGUUGUGGAUGCUGUAACGUGGCAACACUACUACAUGGAUGGCAGAGUGACCAAAGUAGAGGACUUUCUGAAGACGCGCCUGCUGGACACCCUGACCGAACAGAUCACCAAAGUACUCAAGGUAGUGAAUAGCCAUGCACCUGGUAAGAAGGUGUGGUUAGGGGGAGUAGGUCCAGCGUGGGCUGGAGGAACCAAUAACCUCUCUGAUACCUAUGCUGCUGGCUUUCUGUGGCUGAACACUCUGGGCAUGGCAGCGGUGCAGGGGAUUGAUGUUGUCCUGCGACACUCGUUCUUUGACUAUGGAUACACACACCUCGUAGACCAGCACUUUAACCCACUACCGGACUACUGGUUGUCCCUGGUGUUCAAGCGUCUGGUCGGUCCCAGGGUGUUGGCAGUGCGGGUAGCAGGCUUGCAGAGGAAACCACGACCAGGGAGGGUUAUACGAGACAAACUACGGAUCUACGCACAUUGUACCAGCUUCCACAAUCGUAACUACGUGAGAGGAUCCAUAACGAUCUAUAUCAUCAACCUGCAUCGGUCGAGGAAGAAAAUCAAGCUGGCGGGAACCUUACGUAACAUGACUGUCCAUCAGUACCUGGUACAGCCCUAUGGGACAGACGGACUUCACGCCAGGUCAGUCCAGUUGAACGGAGAAAGGUUGUUGAUGGUGGACAAUGAGACAUUUCCGGAGUUGAAGCCUCGGACGCUGCGGGCGGGAAGGACAAUAGCCAUGCCCCCUAUGACCAUCGGCUUCUACGUCAUCAAGAACAUCAACGCUUACGCCUGCCGCAAAUAAUACUCAACACACUCCUCCUCACCCUUCACCCCGAAAUCUUUCACUCUCCCCCCAAACUCCUCAACCCCAAGCCCUCAUCCCUCACCCCCUAGCCCUCAUCCCUCCUCACCCCUCACCACUCACACCAUUUCCUAAUACCGGACAACCUCCUCACCCCUCACCACCCCCACCAUUUCCUAAUACCGGACCACCUCCUCACCCCUCACCACCCCCACCAUUUCCUAAUACCGGACCACCUCCUCACCCCUCACUACCCCCACCAUUUCCUAAUACCGGACCACCUCCUCACCCCUCACCACUCACACCAUUUCCUAAUACCGGACCACCUCCUCACCCCUCACUACCCCCACCAUUUCCUAAUACCGGACCACCUCCUCACCCCUCAC